AUCAACAUGGUGAACGUAUUGAGCAAGAUCGCAGUGCGGUUGCCGGCUUUAAACUCUAAAGCUUCUGGAAUUGCUGUUGCAGCAGUUGCUGCUGGAAUUAUUGUGCUGUGGAAGAAAAAGCUUGACGAGCUGAGUAGUAAAAGAAAAGAUGUGACUGGUGAUUUGCAUAUUACUUUAGAGGAGGAAAAAAACAGAAAGAAAGGAAAGGCUGCUGUUGAUGGUGUGUUUUUUAGGCAACUGCUCAAGAUUUUAAAAAUUAUCAUCCCUGGAUGGCUUUCACCAGAGAGUGGUUACCUGUUACUUGUUGCUGUAUCUCUAAUAGCUCGGACAUACUGUGAUGUAUGGAUGAUAAACAAUGGGACAUCGAUUGAGAGGUCCAUUAUUGGCGGUGAUUUUCGAGGAUUUAAAGACAAUCUCCUUGCACUGGUUUAUGCAAUGCCAUUUAUAUCUGUGAUAAACCAACUCUUAAAGUUUGGAUUAAGUGAGCUCAAGUUGAGGUUCCGCUCCAGAUUAACUCUUCAUCUCUAUGAGAAGUAUCUAAGCUCUUUUACUUUCUAUAAAAUGAGCAACUUGGAUAACCGCAUUGCAAAUGCAGAUCAACUUCUAACUCAGGAUGUGGAUAAAUUCUGCAACAGUCUUGCUGAACUGUACUCCAAUAUAAGUAAACCUAUACUUGACAUAGCCAUAUAUGUACAAAGAUUGGCUGGAGCUAUUGGUAUACAGGGGCCAGCCAUAAUGUUGGGAUACUUAGCUUUCUCUGGACUUCUGUUAACAAGAUUGCGACGGCCAGUUGGUAGAAUGACAGCUGAUGAACAACAUCUUGAAGGAGAGUUCAGAUAUGUGAACUCAAGGCUCAUAACUAACAGUGAGGAAAUUGCUUUCUACCAAGGAGGGAGAAGGGAAAAACUUACAAUUGAAAGUACAUUUCACAGGCUGGUUGAUCAUCUGAGAAAUUUCAUUCAGUUUAGAUCUAGUAUGGGAGUUAUUGACAAUAUUAUAGCAAAAUAUAUAGCUACUGCUGUAGGAUUCUCAGUUGUCAGUCGUCCUUUUCUGAGUGCAUCAAGUACAAGGCACAUCAACAGCACACACAGUGAGAGAAUGGAGGACUAUUACAGAAGUGGCAGGAUGUUAGUGAAAAUGGCAGAAGCUAUUGGUCGCCUAGUGUUGGCGGGCAGAGAGUUAACUCGACUGGCAGGGUAUACUUCCAGAGUUUCAGAGCUAAUGACAGUGUUAAAAGACCUUAGUAAAGGAAAAUAUCAACGAACUAUGAUCAAUCAGUCGAGUCCACAGGCAGAGGGAGACAGUGAACGGCAAGAUAAGAUUCCUAGGAGCUCUUUGGUUCCAAACCAAGGCGAAAUAGUUGAAACAGAUCAUCUAAUCAGAUUUGAACAUGUUCCUCUGGUUACACCCAAUGGAGACAUUCUAGUGAACGACCUUUCGUUUGAGGUACGUUCGGGCAUGAAUGUGUUAGUUUGCGGGCCAAAUGGAUGUGGAAAAAGUUCUUUGUUCCGGAUUUUGGGAGAGCUAUGGCCGCUGUUUGGUGGUAAAUUAGUAAAACCAAACAAGAGCAAGCUUUUCUAUGUACCGCAGCGUCCUUACAUGGCCCUCGGAACGUUGCGGGAUCAGGUGAUUUAUCCCGACACUGUGGAAGAUUUGCACCGGAAAGGACUUACGGACCGAGACCUUGAGGAUUAUCUAAAACAGGUUCAUCUUGGUAAUAUUCUUGAGCGGGAAGGAAGCUGGGACUCGAUCCAGGAUUGGAUGGAUGUUCUGAGUGGUGGUGAGAAACAAAGGAUGGCAAUGGCUCGUCUUUUCUACCACAAACCUCAGUUUGCUAUUCUGGAUGAAUGCACUAGUGCAGUUAGUGUGGAUGUGGAGGGUUUCAUGUAUACACGCUGUAGAGAGGUUGGCAUCACAUUAUUUACUGUCUCACAUCGCAAGUCGUUGUGGAAAUACCACGAGUAUGUUUUGUACAUGGACGGCAGAGGCACGUAUGAGUACAAACCGAUUGAUUCUGCUACUACAGAGUUUGGUUCCUAAACAUCCUACUCUGACCUCGAUACACGCCACCCGUCGAUCAACAACUACAACUGCACACUCAGAACACCGAUCGAUCCUUCAACUUCUAUCCCACUUAGCACUCGCCAAUCAAUUAAACUGCCCUACCCAACAA